UUUUUUUUUCCCGUAAACAAAUUGAGAAUUCAAAGUAAAAGAGAAAGACAAAAUUCAAAGCUCCUCAUAUUUGGACUCUUCUCCGUAGAACUUCUUAUUCUUGUUUUUGUUGAUUGUAAUGCUGGGUUUUUUUAUAAGGCGCGCGAGACUAAAUUGAUCCGAUUAUAACAAAUCUGUGAUUACCGGUGGCGGCUGCGCCGUCUUGAUUCUUUCGUCCAGGGCGUAGAUGUCAGGGCCACUAGAUCGAUUUGCUAGGCCUUGCUUUGAGGGGGUUUCAGGCAGUGAUGAGAAGAGAGAGAGGAAGUCCGAUUUUGAGAACUCUGAAGAUGAAAGACGCACGAAAAUGGGAUCUCUGAAAAAGAAAGCUUUAAAUGCAUCUACUAGAUUUAAGCAUUCUCUCAAGAAGAAGAGUAGUAGAAGGAAAAGUGAUGGCCGUGUCAGCUCUGUAUCCAUUGAGGAUAUUCGUGAUGUUGAGGAGCUGCAGGCUGUUGAUCAAUUUCGGCAAGCAUUGAUUAUGGAAGAAUUGCUUCCGGAAAAACACGAUGACUAUCACAAGAUGUUGAGGUUUUUGAAAGCAAGGAAGUUUGAUAUCGAUAAAGCUAAACACAUGUGGGCAGAUAUGCUCCAAUGGAGGAAGGAGUUUGGUUCUGACACCAUUAUUGAGGAUUUUGAGUUUUCAGAGUUGAAUGAGGUUUUAAAUUAUUACCCUCAGGGCUAUCAUGGUGUUGAUAAGGAGGGUAGACCUGUGUAUAUUGAAAGAUUGGGAAAAGUUGAUCCCAACAAACUGAUGCAAGUUACAACUUUGGAUCGGUAUGUAAAAUACCAUGUCCGGGAAUUUGAGAAGGCCUUCAGUGUUAAGUUUCCUGCUUGUACAAUUGCAGCAAGGAGGCACAUUGAUUCAAGCACUACAAUUUUAGAUGUUCAUGGUGUGGGCUUUAAGAAUUUUACCAAGUCUGCAAGGGAACUGAUUAUGCGACUGCAAAAGAUUGAUGGUGACAACUACCCUGAGACGCUUCACCAAAUGUUUAUCAUCAAUGCUGGACCUGGGUUUAGGCUGCUGUGGAACACUGUGAAGACGUUUUUGGAUCCCAAAACAACUUCAAAGAUCCAUGUUAUUGGAAACAAGUACCAGAGCAAAUUGCUUGAGAUCAUUGAUGCCUGUGAGUUGCCAGAAUUUCUGGGUGGUAGCUGUACUUGUGCAGAUCAGGGAGGGUGCCUUCGCUCUGAUAAAGGGCCUUGGAGAAAUCCUGAAAUAUUGAAGAUGGUUGUUAAUUGUGAGGCACGGCGUGCCAGACAAGUUGAAAAAGUUUGGAAUGGUAAUGGGAAGGUUAUUGCAUAUGCUAAGCCACCUUAUCUAAUGCAGUUGAAAGGAAGUGAUACAUCCACGGCAGAAUCUGGAUCAGAAGCUGAAGAAAUUGCAUCCCCAAAAGCAAUGAAGAAUUAUUCACAGCUUAGGCUGACCCCUGUUCGUGAAGAAACUAAGGUUGUUGGGAAAACAAGCCAUGCUGGUAAUUUCUCAGGCUAUGAUGAAUAUGUUCCGAUGGUUGACAAAGCUGUUGAUGCUAGUUGGAAGAAGCCAACAUCCCCCCUGAUGCCUUCUGGUUCCAAAGGUGUUAUAACAUUGCUUGAAACUCCCAAGACCCCGGAAGGAAUUCGAGCUCGGAUUUUGCUGACUAUUAUGACUUUUUUCAUGACACUUUACACUCUUUUGCGCUCAGUAGCCUGCCAUAUAACUAGAAAGCUUCCUGGCGCAGUUUCCGGUCAUUGUCAAAACAUUACUGAACUUACCCCUGGUGCAACUCAAAAGGAAGAGCAUUCCCCUUCUCCACCUCUUUCUCAGGCAGAUCUACUAUCUUCUGUGCUCAAGAGGUUGGUUGAGCUCGAGGAGAAAGUUGAUACACUACAAGCAAAGCCAUCUGUGAUGCCUUAUGAUAAAGAGGAAUUGUUGAAUGCUGCUGUAUGUCGAGUUGAUGCCCUUGAAGCAGAGUUAAUUGCUGCCAAGAAGGCUCUUCAUGAUGCUUUGAUGAGGCAAGAAGAACUGCUUGCUUACCUAGACAGACAAGAGGAAGCCAAAUUGCGGAAAAAGAAGUUUUGCUGGUGAUCUGCCUUUUCCCAUGGAGACUACGAAUGCUGCAUAGUGUUUUGAAUUCAUUUCUUUUUUACUAUUCGCUCGAAAUUGAUUCCAAUACAAAUCUUGUUGCCCUCAAGUGUACAAGAACCCUAAAUGAACUAUCCUUCUGUUGUCUUAUUUCAUUCCAUUUUAUUUCUCAUUUAAUGUUUGGAAUUGCUGCAUUUAUUUAAGUUAAAGAUUCAGAACUUGGUUUUGAA